UCCCCUUCGCCGCCGCCGCCGCCGCCUUCGCCGCCGCUGGUCCCCACCCCAGAUUCCCGAGCAAUUUCCCCUCUAUCCCAAACACUUAAUUGAGCAAUUGGGAUUCCUCACGUGUGGGCUGAUUUGUAGUUUGAACACGUGGCUCAUUCCAAAAAAAAAAAAAAAAAAGGCGUAUUUCCCCCUUCCUCCUCUUCCUCCUCCUCUUCUUCGUCUUGUUGCUUGUGUCGACCCAGCAGAGGCGGGCGCCUGCCUUUAGCGUGUGUGUCACAUUCUCCGUCUCUUCGCCCCCAAAAGAGGCUUUCGGAGAAAGACUCAAAGUAGUUUCUCCUCCUUUUUCCCCCCCUCCACUCGUUGUGGUUUUGGAAGAUUAAUAAUUAAGUGUUUAUUUAUUGCGCGGCGAAAGAGGGACGACGAGGGAGCGCAACCAAGGCUGCCAAUUUAAAUCUAUCUUCCUUUUUUUUUUUUUUUUUUAAUUGUUGAUUUUUUUUUUUUUUUUUACUCCGAACACUGCAGACCCCCAGUGGAAAGCGUUGAGGUGGUCUGAGCGUGAAUAUGAAUAAGCUAUACAUCGGCAACGUGAGCGCAGAGGCCAGCGAGGAGGACUUCGAAACUAUCUUUGACAAAUGGAAGAUCCCCCACUCCGGUCCUUUUCUGGUCAAGACCGGCUAUGCCUUCGUGGACUGUCCCGAUGAGAAGACCGCGAUGAAGGCAAUCGAUACUCUUUCAGGUAAAGUUGAACUCCAUGGAAAACUUCUGGAAGUCGAACAUUCUGUGCCAAAACGCCAGAGGAGCUGCAAGCUCCAGAUCAGGAACAUCCCGCCUGACAUGCAGUGGGAGGUCCUGGAUGGCAUGUUGGCUCAGUAUGGUGCCGUAGAGAGCUGUGAACAAGUCAACACUGAGACGGAGACUGCAGUGGUCAAUGUUCGCUACACAGCCAAGGACCAGGCCAGGCUAGCGAUGGAGAAGCUCAACGGCUCCAUGAUGGAAAACAGCGCGUUGAAAGUAUCUUACAUCCCAGACGAGACUGCCGCACCAGAGGGUCCUGCGCCAGGAGGUCGGAGAGGGUUCAACGCCCGCGGGCCGCCACGGUCCGGCUCGCCGAGCCUGGGCGCCCGCCCCAAAGUACAGUCAGACAUCCCUCUUCGCAUGCUGGUUCCCACGCAGUUCGUCGGGGCCAUCAUCGGCAAGGAGGGUGCGACGAUACGCAACGUCACCAAACAGACCCACUCAAAGAUUGACAUCCAUCGGAAAGAGAAUGCAGGUGCUGCCGAGAAACCUAUAACCAUUCACUCCACGGCUGAAGGCUGUUCCAACGCCUGCAAAACCAUCAUGGAGAUCAUGCAGAAGGAAGCACUUGACACGAAGUUCACUGAGGAGAUCCCGCUGAAGGUUCUCGUACACAACACCUUUGUCGGAAGAUUAAUCGGGAAAGAAGGACGCAACCUGAAGAAAAUCGAGGUGGACACUGGGACCAAGAUCACAAUCUCGCCUCUGCAGGACUUGACCCUGUACAACCCAGAGCGGACCAUCACGGUGAAGGGCACCAUUGAGGCGUGUGCGAGGGCAGAGGAGGAAGUGAUGAAGAAGAUCAGAGAGUCGUAUGAGAGCGACAUGGCUGCCAUGAACCUCCAGUCUAACCUGAUCCCAGGCUUGAACUUGAAUGCUCUGGGUCUGUUUCCCAGCGGCACGCCUGGCAUGGGUCCAUCCAUGUCCCAUGUCCCCCCUCCUGGUCCCGGCGGCUCAGCGUUCGGCUGCAGUCCUUAUGGGGCCGAGGGGCCAUUUUGGGCUUCAAUGAUGUCGGCCAGUAGCCAGCCCCUGGCUGGACACCCGGAGUCUGAGACGGUCCACCUGUUCAUCCCCGCGCUUGCCGUGGGAGCAAUCAUCGGAAAGCAGGGUCAACAUAUCAAGCAGCUGUCACACUUUGCCGGAGCCUCUAUCAAGAUUGCUCCUGCGGAAGGAAUGGAUCCCAAACAGAGGAUGGUCAUCAUUGUCGGCCCCCCAGAGGCUCAGUUCAAGGCUCAGUGUCGCAUCUUUGGCAAGCUGAAGGAGGAGAAUUUCUUUGGACCCAAGGAGGAGGUGAAGCUGGAAGCCCACAUCAAGGUUCCCUCCUUUGCUGCCGGGAGGGUCAUCGGCAAGGGUGGCAAAACGGUUAACGAGUUACAGAACCUGACAUGUGCUGAAGUGGUUGUGCCCAGGGACCAGACUCCUGACGAGAACGAGCAGGUCAUCGUCAAGAUCAGUGGACACUUCUUUGCAUGCCAGCUGGCCCAGAGGAAGAUCCAGGAGAUCCUGGCUCAGGUGAGGAGACAGCAGCAGCCCAAGCCGGCACCCGGAGGAGCCCAGCCUCCGCUGCCCCGCAGGAAGUGACGCCCCACCGGUGCUCCUGGAGGAAGCGGUGACUGAAGCUGCCUGGCUACCCCAAGACGGAGGGGGGAGAAGCUCAUCUCAGGGGGGGGUCGAAGGUCGUUGGAAAUCGACGAGAACAUCCGGCCUCUCCUCGUCUCGCUCGAACUUUCACGUGUGGCUAAGAGACCGCCUCUCCCCCUCCCUCCCUCUCCCCCCUCGCUAAACCACGCCUCUCGAGCUGCACCCACCUCACCUGUCUGCAUCACUGUGGGAACGUUGGCAGGACCGCCAUCACGUCACCUGCCCUCACAGGUACACACCCCUCCACCCCCCCCUCUCUCCCCCCACCCCCUCACGGGUGUGUAUCUAUCCUCCCUUUCCCUUCCAUCCCUCUUUUUUUAUUUGUCUUCUUUUUACUCUGCAACACACUAAAGAAGAACUAAGGACCCUCCUCGCUUGACUCCACAUUUGGUUUUUCACUCUCGGAUUGGCCGACGAAGCUUUCUCAUGAGAGGCAACAAAAAGAGGAAAAAAGGCAUUGCUUUCACGCCAGAGGUUAACUUGGGUGGAGAGUUGGCUCGGCCAUGUUGUUUGAGGCCCGCAGGACCCCGGAGAGGGUGCGGCCAAUCCAAGUGGCAUUUUAUAUCAAUUCGGAUGCAUUUUAUAAAUAGACCUAUACAUAUGAGCUUAUAUAUAUAUAUAUAUAUAUAUAUCUAUAUAUAUCUAUAUAUUUAGAGGUGAGGGCAGCACUUUGGGAAAAGGUGCUGAACUGCUGCUGCCCGUCAAAAAAGAAUUGAAUAUGCAUUUUACUUAACUACCUCAGGAUCUAGUACCUCAGAAGAAAAUGAUGAUAUAUAGAUAUAUAAGAAAAAAAUUGUUCCUUUCUUUUUGCUUUUCUUUUUUUUUUUUUUUGCUUUUGUGGUAUUUUGUAUACUUUAUAAAGCUGAUAGUCUUUGAACAUUUUUUAUUUUUUUAAGAAAAGUGGAAAAUUCUUCCUUGGUCGGCUGCCAACGGACCUUGCCUUGAACUCUGGUGCGGCGUUGUCGGUGCGAGCGCCUCCACAUGACCUGUACAUAGCGUGGAGGUGGCGCCUCAGCAUCCACAGCCAAUCGCCUCACUUUCCCCCCCGGGGCCAAACAUCGUUUUUUUGUUGUUUUCGCAAGAAAAAGUGGAAAAGACGCCACCCGGCCGUAACACGGUUCCAGCGAUGCCAUUUGGGUUGGGGAUUGACCUUGUUGCUUUGUGAAACCUUUUCGUUUGUGUCGGUCGCCUGACGCCGACCACUGCAUGCCGAGGGUCGCUGAGGGGAGGGGGAGUCGCACUGAUGGAUGCCAUUUUUCUUUUUUAGUUACGACAUUCUCUGUGACACAAAGUGACUUUCGAGGGGAGAGGGGGGAGUCCCACCGCCCCGCCCCUUCCUCCCCGGGAAAAGUCACUUGUGUGUUCGUGCCGAAUGUAAAUAUGUUGAUGGUGGUAGAAGUCGUGUACCACAGUAGAACGCCGUCUACCUCAGCUAUAGGGGGCGGGGCUUGGGGGGUACUGUUGUGCCACUAAGCAGGCCCCCCCUUCUCCUCGCUUCCCACUGAGCGCCAGUGCGCACCUAUACCUCAGCCCCUCCCCCCAUCAGAACACUUUUUUCCAACACGGGCGCCAUCCUAACAUCACCCCCAACCCCCCUCCUCUGCAGUUUGUUUGGAUCUACCUCUUUAGACAAGUAUUUGAAGUAGAGGCAUUCUAUUUGUUAGAAUUAAACCCCUCACCUUUUCCCAGAAAUGAAUGAAAUGAUAGAAAAGAAAAAAAUCAUGUACUCUUUAGAAUUGAAUCAAAAGUGGAAAAAGAAAAAAAUCAUUUUUCAAUAUUUAUGUACUCUUUUUGGCUUAAUUGAACUCAGACCAUCGCCAUUUAUUUCUGCUUUCUCUUUUUGGUGGUGUGGCUUCCAUGUAUUUGAACUUCUUGCUUGGGUUUGUUUGUGGGGGGAAAAAAAGUCAAAUCCCCUGUUUUGAUUUAGCAUUCAAUAGUCAAGAAUACAGUUUUUUGUUUUUUUAAAGGGCCUGCUUUUUUUUUCCGAUUUGUAAGACUACAAAAUAGAUACAAGUCCUGUCUUGUUUUCCUCUUUGUCUUUCACAAAUGCUACUCAAUUGCUGUAUUUUUAUGAUUUCUCUUGGUAGCUAUCUUCUUCUGUUAGCUGUGUAAUGCUGAACAUUCUCUGACGGGACACAUUUCAGGGAUUGGGUUGGUUUUCUUUUUUAGUUUUUUUUUGGAAAAGUGAUCUAACUACUACAGCAUUAAAAUCCCGAUUUGCCCGUCUGCAAACAUGCUUGUGCCCUUUCACCCCCUGUCUCACACAGUUCCACUUGUCAAAUGCCUCUGAAUAAAGGACAGAAAAAUCA